AUGGGCUCCAGUGACGUGAAAUUCCCAAUUCGAUAUGAAGAUCCCGAAUACCAGCAAAACCACCGCACGCUGUUCUCCGGAAAGUUGCUGACCCCAUUGGAUUAUGUUCUUCCGCCAGGUGUCAGCCAGCAGGAUUUUGAUAUUGCUAUUUCCGAGUUUCGAAAAAUUGUGGGCAAAGAACAUGUCUUUACCGGAGCACAUCUGGAGGAAUACGUCGAUCCCUAUGAGCUGUGGGAGAAGGAAGGCAAACGGAGAAUGCCAAGUGGUGCAAUAUGUCCUGCUUCCGAGGAAGAGUUGCGCGGUGUCUUGAGUGUCGCCAACAAACAUGGCAUUCCCGUAUGGACCUUUUCACGAGGCAAGAAUCUUGGAUAUGGUGGGCCUGCGCCGAGACUCAAUGGCUCGCUGGCUCUGGAUUUGCAUCGGAUGAAUAAGAUCAUUGAAGUCAAUGACAAGUUCUCUUAUGCAGUCGUCGAGCCAGGAGUGACGUUCACCGACCUAUACGACUACUGUGCAAAGCACAAGCUUCGGGUAUGGCCCAGCGUGCCGUCACUGGGAUGGGGUAGUGUCGUCGGCAAUACAGUCGACAGAGGGACUGGCUUCACACCCACAGCAACGCAUCAUCAGCAUAUCUGCGGACUUGAAGUCAUGCUUGCUGAUGGAGACGUGGUCAGGACAGGCCAAUUCGCGAUUUCGAAUUCGCCGUCCUCCCAUUUGUCGAAAUUCACCUUCGGUCCAUCGAUAGAAGGUCUUUUCUUGCAAAGCAAUCUCGCAAUCGUCACCAAGCUCGGGAUCUGGCUCCAUCCUCAACCACAGGCGUACAUGUCAUGCGCUUUCGAUAUGCCCAAUUUUGAAGAUGUGGAAACAAUUGUCGACAUCUUCGGCGAGCUACGAAGAGACGGCCUGCUCCCGAAUACUGUUUACGUCUCAAAUAUUGUCGAAUGGCUCGGUAUGACCGGAAAGCGAGCCGAACUAUGGCCUCACGAGGGACCAAUUCCUGAAUGGAGGCUCAAAGAGCUUCAGAAAGACUUGGGUUUCGGAUACUGGAAUGUCAAGUUUGGCUUGUACGGAGCCAAAGAGGUGGUCAAGGCACAUUUCAAUGAGCUCAAACGGAUAAUUGGCAAGGCUGCUCCGGCUUCUGUGAAUCGACUCCAGGGCCACAUCUUCUCGGGCGAGAACGAUGAGCUUCUCGAGGCGACUUCAAUCCCGGACCCUCAUGGGGGCUUCUUUGUCGGUGUGCCCAGUCUUUGGAGUUUGCCCAUGGUAAAAUACCGGUUGCCGACCGACAGGGUUGGGAUCGGUGCCCAUGCAGACUACUCUCCCAUCAUUCCUUCAUCAGGCAAGACUGUCUUGGAAUGGGUGAAGACAGCACGAGGCGUUUGCGAAGCGCAGGGGUUCGAUUUGUUCUGCGACUUUUUCAUGCAUGAGCGACAUGUCAUAUUCGUAAACAUGAUGGUUUUCGACAAGACCAAUCCGGAGCACCGGCGGGCGGUUGAUACCAUCUUCCGCAAUCUGUACCAGGAAGGACGGAAACGUGGCUUCAGCAAGUAUAGGUCGCAUGUCAACUACAUGGACCUCGUUGCCGACUCCUAUGACUUCAACGAUCACGCUUACCGGAGAUUUGUCGAGAGGUUGAAGGAUACUCUCGACCCGCAAGGGAUCUUGUCGCCUGGAAAACAGGGCAUCUGGCCUGCAAAAUAUCGGAGCGUUCGUGGAAAGCUGUAAAAUCAUGGACAAAUGGCGCAGGAGGCAUUGCAACAUCUAGAUUGUUGUAGGAUGUAAUCAUUACUUGGUCAGGCGUCAAAUAGUUAUACUGAAUUCCCC